UCUAUUGUAUAGUCAAAUUCAUCAUCAUCGUCUGUCAUUUUCUUGUAAUAUUUUAAUUCAAUUUACGAAAUAAAAAGUUUAGCUAGGUAUAUAUCUUUUUGAUAUAUGCAGCCAAAAAUGUGAUUCAUAAUUUUGUGAAUAUUUAUUAUAUAUAUGUUGUGUGCCGCAAAUACUGUGUGUAAAAAUUGAGAUGGCCGAAUCAAGUGCAAUGAACUCACACGAUAAAUUAGACCAUUUAGUCGGCAAAGGGGAUGACAAGGGUGAAAUAAAGAUGGAAAUGGAUGUUCCCAUGGAAGUGGUAAAACCAGAGCCCCAUGAAUGUUUAGUAUGCAUCUCACGAAGCCAGGAAACUUUCGAUAUCCACAACACCCAUACAAACGCCUCAGGCAUCUCGCUGCACGCUUUUCUCAGUAAAUUUACUAACACUGAACUGACUUUUUCUUCUAAAUUUGUCAAAUUCAUUUGCAAAACUUGUUUCGAGCUCAUCAAUAUUCUCGAACAAGCUGAAAUAGAGUAUAUAAAGCUGAAGGAAACAUUUGAAGCUAUAAUUAGUAAGAAUCCAUUGUUUUAUUUACCUCAACCAAUUCGUUUGGACAAUGUGAAGAAUGAGGUUGAUCAAGACAUUGACAAUGAUGCAUAUCCUGAUCUAAAUGAUGAUUCAGAGAAUGAACCUUUAGUUGUUAUCAAGAAAAAACGAGGACCGAAAGUUGGGAAACGGAAAAAAGUGUCUGCGUUGAGCAAAAGAAAAGCACACAGCAAGCAGAAAAAUGUGGAAAGUGGAAGUUGGGAGUGUAAUGAAUGUGGUCUGUGUGGAGAGGGCGGUCGACUCGCCGAGUCAACUCAUCAGCUCACCGCUCACACCAUCCUUAGAGAUAUCAAGAAAGAAGACUCAAAUGAUGGAGAAUUCAGUAAUGGUUUGGACACAGUUUUCAAAAUGGAACCAAUAAAUGAUGAUGACAUCGAUGAAGACAGUGACAGUGAUUUCUUACCCGACGAAGAACUCAGUGGCGAAGAGAGCAAGAGGAAACGUAAGGUGUUAAUUGGGGGAAGACCACGGACUAAAGGGAUUGGCCAAAAGAAGAGAGACAAAGUUUUACAUCAGUGCGAUCAGUGCAAUGCCAAGUAUACUUCGUUAGUACGUCUAGAGCAGCACAAGCAGAAGCACGACGGCUCAAAACCGCCCUACAUCUGCGAGGUCUGCGGCGCACACUACAAGCACAAGCGCGCUUGCGACAUACACAUCGCUAUGCAUAAAGGUAUCAGUGAUUGGAAAUGCGAAGAGUGCAAUAAACUGUUCCCAUCAAAAGGGGCUUUACAGAGGCAUAACAAUAUACACACCGGGAAACUUAACUAUCAGUGCGAUCUGUGUGGCAAAUCGUUCAUCCACACGUCGUCGUUCAAGAUGCACAAGCUGUCGCACUCGGGUGUGAAGCCGCACGCAUGUGACGUGUGCGGACUCGCACUCAUGACGCGGUCGCACCUCAAGAGGCACAAGAGAGUCCACAGUGGAGAGAAGAGGCACGAGUGUGGUGUUUGUGGGAGACGCUUUUCUGAACGCUACAACCUGUUGGCGCACAGCAAGUCUCACGAGACGGCGGCGGGGGCGCCGGGGGGCGCGGGGGCGCCCGGGGGCGCGGGGGCGCUGGCCGAGCAGACCCCGCGUCGGCGGCUGUUCCGGUGCCCCUUCUGUGUGGAGCGCUUCGAGAGGCGGCUGCCCCCGCCGCAGAUACAUGGUGGAGCGGCACGCGGCGGCGGCGCACGGGCGCGCGCUGGAGCGGCCGCCGCCGACGCCGCGCAACACCAUGAGCAAGCUGCUCAAGGCGCAGGCCGCGCGGCCGCAGCGCGAGUCAGAUGGAGACUCGAAAGACAUUCGCAGCCCCGACUCCUUUGCGAGCGUCACGCCGCAGAAAAGAAUAUCUCAUUUAUCGACGUCGUCCACCGGCCCGACGAGCGCGUCGUGGUCGAGCGCUUACGCGGAGUUCAACCUACGAUCGGAAUUCCAUUGACAUCACACUCUAUAUUCUAUACUGUGAAUUCACAAUUAAUAAUACACAUCCACGACUUUUAUUUAUAGCCAAAUUUUGAAUUCGAUAUCCAAAUCACGGUUACAUUAUUAUAUUUCUUCCAUGUUGAAGUUGUUUUAGUUUCUGUCAAAGUUUAUGCGAAUACAACUUUAAAGAGCGUUUAAAUAAUUUUACGUAUGUUCGUGCGCGACAUGAAUAGUUCAUAUUAUGUAUAUAUCUUGGUAUCCACUCAAUAUUUGUUUCUUCGUUGUUUAAGAUUUUACAUUAAUUUCACAUUUAUUUUACUCACUUUAUAGUCAUAUGAUAUUACUAUUACCGUCUGUAAGUAAUAAAUUAAUUUGUAAAUAUUAGAUUGAACGCAUUAACUGUACCAUAGUGAACUAAACUACAUUUUAAUUAAAUAGGUAAACUUAUUUUUAUACUAAGAUUCCAUUGCGUUUUUAUCAGUGUAAACUUCGCACUUCUAAAAGGCUAAAGGAUUACAAUUAUGUGUAUGCCCGAGGCAACUAACUUCUAGUUACGCCCUUGCUGCGUUGUUAAAAAUAAAACAUGCGUGGAAUUAUGUCUUUUAAUGAGUACUUUCUAUGGAUUCAAUAAGUACUUCGUACUAAUUCCAUGGUUUACACAUGACACUCUUUCACAAGUUUUACAAUCGAUUACAAUUUAAUCGUGACUAAUAGUCUUAAUUUUAUAUUGUACAGAGGUACAGAGAUGCAAUGUCUAUUAUAAAUAAAAUGAAAUAAACACAUAUUUAAUA